GGACUGGACGAGGUGUUGUAGUUCCUCUUCGGCUGUAGUUCUUGUCAAAACUGGUGCUAGCAGGUCGCGGGGCCGGCGGUGUUCCCGUGCGUGGCCGUGCGGUGUUUUGGUUCUUCUCGAACACAAACAGGAAGGGAGUUCGGCGCUUCCGUUACGAUGGAAGUGGACAAAAUGGACGAGAACGACUGGAAGUACCACGGAGAGGGGAACAAGAGUCUGGUCGUCUGUCACGUUCAGUUUCCGAGGGUUUUACGUUUGCUCAAGUAUCCAGCAGCAGACUCAGAAAAUCCGCCGCAGACGGCUGAGCAGGCGUUCAGGCAGAUCCAGAACAUGGUCGACUUCAGCUCCAAAGUGAUGAGCAGCCUGCUGGGGGACAAGUUCAUCCACAGCGGGGAAGUGGUGAAACUGCCUCUGGAGUUUGUGCGACAGCUGUCAAUCAAAAUCCAACAACAGAGACCAGCUUGGCGCUGUGACAAAGUGAUGGACAUCUACAGCGGCUGUGCUCUCUGUCUGCCCAACCUGACCUCCCCGGCUCUGCACCAGGCAACGCUGACCCCGCCCCUCUGCAUCGAGAUCAAGCCCAAGUGUGGCUUCCUACCGUCCCACAAACACGUCAGCAAAGACAUCAAGGCCAGAGUGUGUCGCUACUGCAUGCAUCAGCAUUUCAAGGUGGCCAGUGGGAAGUGGAAGAGGCGGAGCCUGUACUGUCCACUGGACCUGUUCUCCGGGAACAAGCAGAGGAUGACCUUCGCUGUCAGGCACCUGCUGGAAGAACCGCAGAACAACUUCAAAGUGUUUAAGGGGGGGCAGUGUGUCUACAGCUGUAAGGAGAGCAGCGACGACCCCCCAGACGUGAACGGGCUGCUGCAUCACCUCAGACCCUACUUCCUGCAGGGGAACAACCGCACCAGCAGUCACAUGACCAACAAAGCCAUCCUGAACGACUUCAUCCAGGUCCUGGUGAACGCCCUGCUGAGCGAGAGAGGAGACGGAGGAGCGGUGACUGACCGACAGGAAGAGGGGCGGAGCUUCUGUGAAGCCAGCCUGUUCAACAGAGAGAGGGUUGGCCACGCCUCUCAGGGUUUACCUGCCGACAGCGUUCUGUUCCGGAUCCUGCAGACGCAGAUGCUGGACACGCUGGACAUCGAAGGACUCUUCCCUCUGUACCGCAGGGUGGAGCAACACCUGCAGGACUUCCCCAAAGAGAGGAGCCGGCUGCAGGUCGACGGUCCAUACAACGAGGCGUUCCUGGAGAAGGUGCAGAAGUGUCGGAUGGAGGACGACGGCUCGGUGGAGUCAGCCAUCGCUAAGGUCCAUCAGUACUGUGUCGCCAUGACCGCCAAGGACUGCUCCAUCAUGGUUGUGCUCCAGCCCAGAGAGGAGGAGGAGGAAGAUGAUGAAGGUCUGAGGCGGCUCAGGGACUUCAGACCUUCUCCUUUCUCCUCCUCCGUCUCCAUCUUGGAUUUGGACCCCAAACCUUUCGACAGUAUACCCCGGCAGCUGCGCCUGGACCAGAAGAUCGUGUCUUGCUACCUACGGACUGGGGGUGCUUUGCCUAAAGGCUCUCGGCCUCAGCAUCCCAGCAUCCUCUCUGCUGCAGACCGGGAGGAGUGCACGCUCCUGUUCCACCCCAUGUGACUGCGAGAGGAGGAACGGGGCUCCUCACCGACGAAGCUCAACACCUCCUGAAUGUUUCUGACUCUCAGCUGCUAGUCUGUGGCAGGGGUGUUGUCAUGGCAACGGGUGUUUGGUCCAGUCAAGAGGUCGAUCUCGACCUGGUGAUCCACUCUCUGUUGUAUUUAUUUUUUAAACCGUUGGGCGGCCGGUCCGGGUCGCUGCUCCAUGGCGGCCGGUUCGGGGUGGCCAUUCCAGGUGGGCCGGUCUGGGUCGCCGCUGCGGGGCGGCCGGUCCGGGUCGCCGCCCCUCAGGUGUGAACAGGAGCAGUGCAGCAUGGCUUUGAAGCUGCAUGAGGCUACCGUGAGAGGCGCCGGACCGCGUCCUCCAUCGCUCCUGCGUGCCAUGUGGGUUCCGAGCUCGCGCCCGGCGUGACGGCGAGCCCGGUCCAUGUUGUGUGUAGAAAUCUCACUGUUACAGGCUGCACUCAGGUCAGCUGCCGGCUGAUGUUCAGGAGGUCAGAGGUCAGAGGGCGUGCCCCCCCCCCGCAGUGCAGUCACCAACUGGAAACAUUUGACUUCAGUUCCUGGUUACUGCGUCCACUCUCCCGCCUCCCACUGGGUUCUGCUCUGCAGCAGGUCAUGUGAUCUGGCCUUUUCAUUUUCCCGCCUCUAACUGGUGCCACUCUGACUGUGACGGCUGCUGGUGGAACCGCUACGGUUGCCAUGGAGACGGAGAGUGGACGGCAGUGAACCGCUACAACCUGUAACUGUUGAAAUGACGCCACAGGCAGGAAGGUCAUGUGACUGGAGUCGGUGGAUGGUUUGUUACGAUGACGGCUGCACGCCGCCGCUGCACGCCGCCGCUGUGCCAACAGAUGGGUGACAGCUCCUCAAACAGACGACAGCGCUGUCUGACAUUUUGUAUUUAAAUUAUUUAUUUUUGUAGGUUUUGACGGACAGGCGAGCCGCCGCCGCACGCUUUCUAUCAGAAUAAACAUUUGUAAGAG